GUAGGCAAGGGAAGGAGAAACGGCCCAUCUCCAUCCUUCGAAGCUUCUGAAAGCUCAGUUUUGAGUAAGACCCCCGAGAGUGUAUACAGACGACCCAGCGUAUACACAACCGAGCUGUGUGUUGAUUUUUCGGAAGAAGCUUUGAUUUCGCCGUUAAACGCUUUGGACGCUGUAUCUACCGAUGUAUCCUCUCGAUUGCGUCAAGUUUCAAAUUAUCCCCAGCAGUGGUUUUUAUUUGCAAGAGUUUCCUGCGGUCUCAGAUCCGUACGAGGAUGAAAGCAUCAGGAACGAGGACUGCGUGUUGCAUCGCGAGCUCACCGAGAUCUUCCGCGAGCGCUGCGCCACGAGCAAGCAGAUAAAGGAGCUGCUUCGUUCAUCCAAGCAGGAGUCCCUGAUCAAACUGUUACUGGAGCGAAGACCCGCGCUCAAGUUGAUAUUUUCAAAUGAUCACGAGAUCCCGCUCCUCUGGGUCGCGGUCGCCUGCUGCUACCAGAACACAGCCGAGCUGCUCGUGCGCUCCGGCGCCAACGUCAACGAGCGCAACGUCAAAAUAAGCCCUAUUCACGCCGCGAUAAGAAGCAUCCUUCACCUGCUGCUUCAGCUGUAUCCCUCCUCUUGGAACGAUCGAUUCGUCGGCCUAUUACUGGAGAAUGGCGCCGAUUUUCAAUCUAAGGACUCCCGAGGUGAAACUCUACUGCAUCGCGCGGUGUGCUACCAGAGAAUCCAGGUGAUCCAGUUGCUUCUCGAAAGAGGAGCCGACCCCAAUGUAGCCGGCAGCGACGCUAAGACUCCACUGCUGUUGGCGGUCAAGUGCCGCGAAGCCGACAAGGUGGUGGCGUUGUUGCUACAAUACGGAGUCGACGUUACCGUCACGGAUAGCCAAGCGCGUAAUGCCUUGCACCAUCUGGCAGGUGAUUUUGUGGAACGCGUUGAACUGGCCAGAGUUCUGAUCGAGAGGGGCGUCUCGCUCGUCCACAGAGAACGUCUCAACCAGUACCAGCCGUUACACGAGGCUGCAGCAUGGGGCAAUAUUGGAUUGAUCAAUCUCUUCUUGGACUACGGCGCAGACGUGAACGCGCGAGCGGACGACGACGUGUUUCCACUGUUCCUCGCCGCUCUGCAAUAUCAUGGCGAGAAGAAGCCGAAAGAGGUGAUGUUGUCUCUGCUGAAACGCGGCGCGAACAUCGACCUGAAGACAAUGAGAAAUUGCACAGCGUUACACGCCGCCUGCCUGAAUUCGGGCGUCAAAGAGAAGACCGUUAAAUUCCUCAUGUCCGCCGGGGUGGACGUGUUCGCCAUAGACGACUUAGGCCUAACGGCUUUCACUGUCAACAUUGACGAAGAUAUUAGACUGCAGUUGCUCAGGUUUCUGGCGAUGAUGAAGGCUCGCCUGUCGCUGCCCGAUUUAAAGGACAGGACCAACAGCUUUACGUGUCCGAAGAUGUCGAAGCACUACGAAGACUGCUGCGUUUAUAUCGCCAUCGCAAAGUCCACGAAUAUCAUCGAUGGCUGCACGUUCUUCGACUUGCUGACGAAAUGCCAGUGCAAGAUAGCGUCGCUUAUGCGGAACCCAGAUUUCGAGAUACAGUUCAGGCGGCACGAUCUCGCAACUUUUUCCAUGUACGCCGGAGACAUGCUCGAAGCUUUCGAGCGUGCGCUGAGACACCAUGAGGCUAUAGUGGAACAGGAGGAAGGUAUCGAUGAAGCUUUUUACAAUACUUUGUCUCAUAUACUUGUGAGCAAGAUGGCUCGUUACAUACGUUACUGCGACGUGUGUGAAUUGAGAAGAAUUGCGUCACGGGGCAGGAGAGCCAUCUGUUGAUUGGAAUCCCUUGCGCCAGACGCAAAAAUUCGUGAUUUUUAUGACAAGUGAUAUUCGAAUCGGACAUGCUAUUUUUUCUUGAAGAAGCUUUCUCUCUAAGCAUUUAUAAAAUGAUCGAGGAUUGAAAUAAGUGCGUUUCAGAUGUUUGUAUGUGUGUGUGUGUGUGUAAUUUUUAUCGCAUUCAAAAUUUUUAACAGAAACAUUUUAUGCAUUGGGAGAGAUUUUGAUUAACGCUUAACACGAUGUGGAUUGUAGACUUAAUUUCUUUUGAGGAGCCUUUAGCUCGGACUUUUACAGUCUUACAAGACCUGCAAGCGAAUGAUAAAUAAAAUAAUUUUCAAAAAACAAA